CAAGACAACUGAACGCGACGUUGAAGAAUCAGGCUCCAUCUCAAAUUCAAAACUGAACGCGACGACGACGAGGUUUCCAUGCAAGAAAGAAGGCGAUAAUCAUGAUGCAUGCCGUGCCGCAUAUUGUCUCCAAAUAUUCUCGUUCCUGUACAACGCCUCACAAUUCCCCUUCCUUCAUAUUAGGUCUUUGCCUAUUGUCGCCCUCAGCUCCAGUGCCUUCUGUUGUUACAGCUCUCCCUACGCUCUCUCUUGCACGUCGCGUCCAUUGCUCUUCUACUGCGUUUCGUAAACUCCGCUGCAUCCCGAUCGCUUGUUGUAUUGCCGUAUCAUCCAAUUCUGGCUCAUGUUUUUUCUUAAUGACCGGGCUGGUCGUGAAGACUUGCUGGAAGCUCGUUAAAUGAUCAGCAUUGCAGGGCGGUAGUGAGUUGCAGUGGUUUUGGUGUCCUUGAAUUAUAUGUUUUCACGAAGGUUUUGCAGUGUUCAAAUAAUCGGAGCGCUGUUGUUCGGAUUUGAUUAUUGAGUUUCUGAGAAGUUCUUUCCGAAGCUCUCUUUUUAGUGUUUGGGAAGAUUGAACAAGGUUUUAGGAAGUGAAAGGGUUAGGGUUUCAGGAGGUUUGUGAAGACUUCGCUGUAGUUUAAUGUGCGAUCGAUAUCUGUUGUAGGCUUUGAGAUUGGUGAAGUCAUUGUAUCGGGGAAUUUUAGGGUAGAAAUAUUGGUAGCGACUGUGAAUUCGAGAAUUCCGUCGUUUCUUGCUUCAACGUGAAGAGAAGGUGUUCUCGACUAGCUGCUUUCUUCUGAAGUAAAUGUGCCAGCCGCUGGUUCUGCGUGUGGGUUUCUAUCUCUCAGCAGCAGUGAAUUGAUGAGAGCCCGUAUGGGCAGUGUAGAGUCCUUGUAGAUUGGCGCAGAAUUGAUCAGAGUACCUCGAGAUUAAUAGAACUAAGCAACUACUCCUUACGAUGUUGUCGUUUGCUACUCUACUUCCUAGUCAGAUCGGUUUCUCGAUUGCCAGCCUUAACAAGAACAAUUACAAGUCUAUUGAGUUGGAAUUCCACCAGUUCAUCGAAUAUGGGAUAGAUGGAAGCUUGAUACUGAGGAAUUGCUUGGAGCACGUUAACCUUCAUGGAGGAGAAGUUCACAAUCUUUCUCUAAAAUUAGACCUGCUGGCUAGUAUACUAAAGAUGCUCAUUCACCAGCCGAAUUCGGGAUCAACACUUUGUGAGGCGAUGGGGCACUCAUGCUUGACCGAAGGAUUUCUUGAAAACCUAUGCUGUGCACUGAAAUUCCCCAUUCCCGAGCAGAUUGGACUUGGCCUUGCAUUAACAGAUGCUGAAGAUAUUAUUCUUCAACAAGAGGGCCAGUCUUUCUGUAAAGCGAAGAUCUCAGAGAUUUGCGAGAAUCCAACUUCUGGUUUAACAGAACCGCUUAUUGAAGAAAUCAUUUUCUUCUUGCACCGUAGUGAGGGCUUGGCAAAGCACUUUCAUUCGUUUAUGAGGGCAUUGCAAUCCCUUCAGCCAAACAUUCAGGAGUCUUUGUUGUCGACUGCCCUACUUCAAGCAAAUGUGAAUGAAGUCAAUUGUAUGAGGAGUUUUAGCAGAGUUGGAUCGACUGGGGCAGACACGGCCCUAGAAAUGUGCUCCUUAUUGUCCACUGCAACAAGCGUUGCCGAUGUUAUGGAAGAGUUGGGUUACAGCUGCACUGUAGAUAUUGAUCAUUGUAGAGGAGUUCUUGGCUUGUUUCCCACUCUCACAGAAAUUGAGGUCGCCCGCAUUCUUGGAAUGGUUGCCCGAACCCAUCGUAGGUCAGAAGAUCUGCAAGGCACCCACAGCACGUUUUGCACGGCGCUUUGCAAUGAUGAACAGGUUUCUUCAGACUGGUUGACCACUUGGGACGUGGACGUGCUUGUGGACUCCAUAAAGCAGCUGGCCCCAGGUCUUAGCUGGGAAGUGGUGAUUGAGAAACUGGAUCAUGAAGGUUUUCUAUUACCCGAUCAAAAAGCGUUUUCUCUCUUGUUGAGAAUGUAUGGGAAAGCUUGUCAGGACCCAUUUCCACUAGAAGCAGUAUGUGGACAUGUAUGGCAAAAUGGAGAAGGCCAACUUUCCUUCUUGAAGCAUGCAGUUUCAGCUCCUCCUGAAUUGUUCACAUUUGCUCAUAGUUUAAGAAAGCAGGUCCACCGACAAUCUGCUGCAACGCCGAAUUAUGCUUGGCUGUCUCUUGACUUGCUAGAAAUCCUGUGUGGCCUAGCAGAGUUGGGACAUCUUAGCUCUGUGCGUAGUCUGCUUGAGAUACCUCUUCAGCAAUGUUCAGAACUUUUGAUUUUUGGUUUAGCACAAGUUAAGACAGAGUGGAACAUAAUUCAGGCUGAAAUGCUUCCUUUGCUACUUCCAUCUUAUUUGGCGACCAAUGCCACCAGCAGUGUAGUACAGGAGUUAUGGUUGCUCAACGCAGACUUGGUAAUGAGAACAAUGGUCGAGAUACAUGCUGCUGAUCCUAGUAGCAUCCCAAGAAUAUUAGAUGUUUGUCACGAGCUGAAGGUCUUGGAUAGAGUGCUUGAAUGCACUCCAUUUCCAUUUUCCAUAGAGCUUGCAGCUAUUGCUUCAAGAAGAGAUUUCUUGAACCUGGAGAAGUGGUUGCAAGAUAAUCUCACUAUCCAUCGUGAUUCUUUCUUCCAGGCUUGUGUGAAGUUUUUGAAGGAGAGAACGCUUUUGGAGGCACAAAUGGAUAGACAGAUUUGUGCAGGUGGAAUGGCCAGCCAACGACAAGGACCAGUUGUUAGUCUAGCUUUGGACACGACACAGACGUUUUUCAAGGUUCUUCAUACCAACACAAGCCAGCUUUAUUCUGGUGAGCUAGUUGAGGACUUUGAGCUCGUCAAAGAAGCUGCCACACGUGCAAAUCCGCGAUUAAUGAGUGUGGCUACUUCAGAUCAGCCACAGAUAGAAGCAGGGAGUGAAUACGUUGAUGAGGAGGCGAACUCUUACUUUCAGAGGAUUUAUAUUGGACAAAUUACCAUCGAUGACGUUGUGGAUAUGCUCAAGCGAUUCAACUUGCCUUCCUCUACUUCGAGGGAGAAGGCAAUAUCGGCUUGCAUGGUCCAAAGUUUGUUUGAAGAGUAUCAGUUCUUUCCAAGAUAUCCUGAACGAGAAUUAAGAAUUACUGCAGUUCUUUUUGGUUCACUUGUCAAACAUCAGCUGGUUUCGUCCGUCAUCUUGGGUCAAGCACUGCGGUGUGUCUUGGAUGCCUUGCGAAAGCCUUUGGACUCCAAGAUGCUUUCUUUUGGGACAGUCGCUCUGGGGGAGUUCAAAGAGCGUUUGGCAGAGUGGCCGCAAUACUGCAACCAUGUUCUUCAAAUUCCACAGUUUCGUCAGUCUCAACCUGAACUUGUGAAGUUCAUUCAGCGAGCCUUAAUGCGAGGGGAAGCAAAUCAGCAUGAGAUUGCUGGCAAUGGCAUGUUUCAUACGGACCAGCAAUUUAGUGGUGCAGCCCAAUGUGAUACAAAAUCCUCUCUGAUACUGCUGGAGGGUUUGGAACAAUUUCCAGCUCCUCUUAUUUCCAUGGAGGAGAGAAAAUGUGUGAAUCCUCUACUUCGAACAACAGAUGACGAGGUUCUGGAUCGGGGAUUAAAUGUUGCUCUGGACGGAUCCUUAGUCCUAUCUAUUCCUUCUCCGGCGGUACAAACCGGUCAGGUCAAACUGCAGAAUACAGAAUCAGGAUCACUUGUGUCGCAGCACUUCAGACUGUCAUCGAGCUUGCUCGACGAAAGGGUGAAGAUUGCAUAUUCGUCGAGCUCUGAGUCUGGGAUCAGCAUGCAGCAAACACUGGGGAAUCGAACCUCUGAGCUUGGUACUGGACAGAAGUUGGCCUCUCAGGGUUCGACUUAUUCAGCUUUAUCGAAUGGGCAGUCACCACAACAUCUUCGUUCUAAAGCUGGCGCUGGAACAGGAGUUUUGCGCCAGCCUUCUGCAUCAACUGGGUUUGGUCAUGCUCUAAAUAUUGGUACUCUGGUUGCUGCGGCUGAAACUCGAAAUUCCCCCAUUGAGACGCCAUCAUCUGAGGUUCAAGAUAAAAUUGCUUUCAUCAUGAACAAUAUUUCAAUUACCAACCUGGAUCAGAAGGCCAAAGAGUGCCUAGAAGUUUUGAAGGAUAGUUAUCAUCCUUGGUUUGCUCAAUAUGUGGUGAUGAAAAGAGCAAGCAUAGAACCCAAUUUCCAUGACCUCUACAUCAAGUUUCUGGAUAAAUUGAACUCAAAGGGAUUGCAGAAAGAGGUUUUGAAGGCAUCUUACGAGAACUGCAAGGUCUUGCUCCGCUCAGAGUUGAUCAAAGUGAGUUCUGAGGAGCGUUCACUUCUAAAGAACUUGGGGAGUUGGUUGGGCAAGUUGACUAUUGGCAAAAAUCAGCCUUUGCGAGCACGGGAAGUGGAUCCAAAAUCACUUAUUAUUGAGGCAUAUGAGAAAGGACUGAUGAUUGCAAUUAUUCCUUUCACAUCCAAGGUUCUAGAGCCAUGUCAGGCCAGUCUAGUAUACCAGCCACCAAAUCCAUGGACCAUGGCAAUUUUAGGAUUGCUUUGUGAGAUUUAUGUGAUGCCAAACUUGAAGAUGAAUCUGAAAUUUGAUAUCGAGGUGUUGUUCAAGACUCUCAAUGUGGACAUGAAGGAUGUGAAACCAGCACAAUUAUUGGUAGGUCGGGAAAGAGAUCUUGAAAAUAAUCCGGACUUCUCAAAUAAGGAUUCGACGAACUAUCAAUCCCUUGCACCUGCAGGAGCUGUUCGUGUGCCGGCUGCAGCUCCCCUUCAACCCUCGGAAUUACCUACUGACCAAGCUGCUUCAAUUCCAUGUUUGCCACUUACAACAAAAACAUCUCAGUUGAUUGAUGAAGAGAACAUGAAUCUUAGCGUAGUUGAGAUACCGCAAAGUGCCCAAGGGCAGUCCCAAAUUACUCAAACGCAAUCAGCUAUCUCUGCAGGCCAGGUGGGGAUGUCAAUACCAAAUCUAUCUGCUUAUGUGGUGCUCAAUCCCAAGUUAAUUGGUUUAGUGCAGACGCUUCAGCUCCAAAGAAUUGUUCCCCUCGCCAUGGACCGGGCCAUUCGUGAGACUAUUACACCGGUAGUAGAACGCAGUGUGACUAUUGCUUGCAUGACUACCAGGGAGCUUGUUUUAAAGGAUUUCGCAAUGGAAGCUGAUGAGAAUCACACGCGAAGUUCAGCUGGGCUUAUGGUGGCUAGUUUGGCGGGUAGCUUGGCUCAUGUAACUUGCAAGGAACCUUUACGUGCUGCAAUGGCAAACCACCUUCGAAGUUUGUUGCAAGUGGUGAAUCUCUCGGGAGAUGUACUGGAGCAGGCUGUGAACUUGGUGACUAAUGAUAAUCUUGAUCUAGGAUGUGCAGUCAUUGAAAAAUCUGCAACAGAGAAGGCUCAGAGGGAUCUAGCAGGUGCAAUCGGACCAGCACUUACUGUUCGAAGGAACAAGAGAGAUGGUAGUAAUGCAGCUUAUUAUGAUGCCGCUUUCUACUCGGGUCCAAUCUUGUCCCCAUUGCCAGAGAUUCUCCGACCAAAACGAGGAAAGCUGUCAAGUGCACAACAACGUGUGUAUGAGGAUUUUGCACGUCUGCCUUGGCAAAACCAACCUAGCCAAUCUGUACCUACUCUGGCCGGACAUCCAUUGGGAUCCAGCGUUCCCACAUAUGCACCCAACGCGAGUGGUCAGGCGAAUGGAUCUACUCAUAAUCAUGGUCAUUGUCAGGCAGCAAUUGUAAAUGGUGGAUUACACCAAGCCUCCGAGUCAGGAGCUGAUGAUCUCGAACUUCGCGGUCAGAUACCUUUGAGCUUCCCGUCACCUGGAUCAGUCAGCAAAGCAGAUAGAUCAACUCUGCAAAACCGUGAGACCAACUUGGUGUCGCCGCAAUUCUCCGUCAAUACUGCAUCAUCCCUCGACAUAAAUGGUGGAAAUGAUCCUGCGGUGUUCAAGGGCUCAACGCAUACAGCAAACUUUUCUCCUCAACCACCUUUACCUACAGAGCAGUUGGGACCAACGGUGAUCGAGAACUCUCUGACCACUGGGGAAGUGAUGGAGAAGUAUCAUCUGGUUGCCCAGAAGCUUGAAACUGCACUGUCGAAAAUGACUACCAUGAGCUAUGGAGCCCUACCUCCUGAGCAUGAAGUCUGGGUUAUUGUGAAUGAAUUACAAGAAAUCAUCACCCAGGGUAUCAGUAGAGAUGAGGCAGCUUUGGUCAUCGCUCAAAAGAUUUUUCAACGCUUAUAUGAACAUUCUACCAGUCAUUUGCACGUUUUAGUGCAUUUAACAAUUCUUGAAGCAAUUCGAGAUGUCUGCAAACGUGUUGGGAAGGAACUGACUAGUUGGGUUAUAUAUUCGGAUGAAGAAAGGCGAUAUAAUAGAGAAAUAACUGUUGGUUUAAUUCGAUCUGAGCUUAUCAAUCUAUCAGACUACAAUGUUCAACUUACCAAGUUGAUGGACGGUGGCCGCAACAAAGAUGCAGUGGAUUUUGCUGCUUAUUUAGUCAAGACUUGUGUAAUUGAAGACUCUGGUGUAAGCAACACCGAAUUUUAUAAUGUUAUUGAUGCCUUGGGCAAGCUAGCAGCUCGGCCAGAUUCUCCAGUAUCUUUACAGCAGUUGGUUGAUGUUGCUCGGACUACCUCUAGCAGUGGUAGACCAGGAGGCACUGGUUUCAAUAAGGAGGAUAAGAUCAGGCUUGCUAAAGACAGAAAGGUUCCCUCGGGUCGAACUUCCGGUCUUAGAGAGGAUGGAAAUGUUGGAACUCGAGACAUAGCUGCUGGAGAUCCUGCUGGACUUCGAGAUCAAGUGGCCAGCUUGUUUGAUGAAUGGGCGAGCAUUUGUGACGCUCCAGGAACAAGUGACAAGGCAUAUGCUGUCUACGUGUCACACCUUCAACAUUCUGGAAUGCUCAAAGGAGAUGAUAUCUCUGACAGAUUUUUCCGUAUAUUAAUUGAACUUGCUGUGGCUCACUGUUUAAACUCGGAGACAGUGCUACCCAACUCAGGACUCUUCGACUCAAGCCAGCAAGAAUCAAAUCUUUCGUUUGCGGCUAUUGACAUGUUUGCUAAGCUCGUCUUGUUACUCGUCAAGUACUAUGUGGAUCCAUCUAUGAGUAAGGUCAACCUUCUGAACAAGGUCAUGGUUGUCACGGUGCGUGUGAUUCAAAGAGACUUCCAUGAGAGGAGGGCAAACUUUCAACCUCGGCCAUAUUUUCGGCUGUUUGUUACAUGGCUCCAGGACUUAAACGCUGCGGACCCUAUUCUUGACUCAAGCAAUUUCCAGGUUCUCACUAUAUUUGGAACCGCUCUUCUGGCCCUUCAACCCCUCCAAGUACCCGGUUGGAGCUUUGCAUGGCUGGAGCUCAUAAGUCACCGAAUGUUCAUGCCGAAUUUGUUAUUAAGCAACUCCCCGAAGGGGUGGCCUCUUUUUCAGCGUUUGUUGGUGGCUCUUUUCAAGUUUAUGGAGCCGUACUUACGCAAUGCUGAUGUCAGUGAUCCCAUAAGGCUAUUAUACAAGGGCACACUUCGGGUAUUACUUGUGUUACUGCAUGACUUUCCAGAAUUCUUGUGCGACAAUCACUUCACCUUCUGUGAUGUGAUUCCCCCAUCCUGUAUUCAGAUGCGCAAUCUAAUUCUUAGCGCUUUUCCACGCAACAUGCGACUUCCUGAUCCUUUUACACCUAAUUUGAAGGUGGACUUGCUUCCAGAAAUUAGUCAGGCUCCGCACAUUCUCUAUGACGUUGAGCCUGCUUUAAAGAGCAAACAAUUGAAGGCAGAAGUGGAUGAAUAUCUCAAGACAAGAAAUUCUCAAUCUUUCCAGUCUCUAGAUAUUAAGGGGCAAUUGAUAUUACCUGCAAGUGAGGUUGUUCCUUAUGGUACAAAAUAUAAUGUGCCUCUUCUGAAUGCCCUGGUGCUGUACAUUGGCAUGCAGGCAAUACAGCAGAUGCAGACCAAAAUUACACCUCAACAAUUGGCAAUUCCAACUGCACCUAUAACCCAAAGUGCACCCAUGGAUAUUUUUCAGCGCCUCAUUAUUGAUUUGGAUACUGAAGGACGAUACCUUUUCCUUAAUGCUGUCGCUAACCAACUUCGCUACCCUAACAAUCAUACGCAUUAUUUUUCAUGCGUUUUACUUUAUCUCUUUGCAGAGGCUAAUAUGGAAAUUAUUCAAGAGCAAAUCACCAGGGUGUUGCUUGAAAGGCUCAUUGUGAAUAGACCACAUCCUUGGGGUCUGCUGAUCACCUUCAUAGAACUUAUCAAGAACCCUCGAUACAAUUUCUGGAGCCAUAGUUUCACGCGCUGCGCCCCUGAAAUAGAGAAGCUAUUUGAGUCAGUAGCUCGGUCUUGCAUGGGUCCUUCAUUGAAGCCCUCUGAUGAUGAUCUUGCAGCAACCCUAGGAGCUGAAGGUUUGAAGAACUGAACUGCAGCCUAAGGCUACUAUGUUCUGUUAUCUGUACUAUAAAUUGUAAAUAGAUAAAUUGUAGCGAGAGGUGAAACAAUAAUGGCACCAACGCUCUGUUCAGGAGAGUUGUAUAAUGCAACCCCAUUUUUCUGCUCUCGAGUCA